AUGCAAUCGGGAUCUUCCGUCCAGCGCUGGAGGCAAAGUCUGCCUUUAGCUCUGCCAGUUGGUCUGAGGCUGCUGCUGGACGCACAGUCCAGAAUCGGAACUUGGCUGUCGGCCGUGGAUGCCCAGGCAGACUCCACAGCCUCAAGGUCACUUCCGGGACAGGCAGAAACGCCGGAUGCGUCUGAGCAAGUGUCACCACUGCCGCAGCCAAAGGUGUCUGCCGCAGCCAGGAGACUGCAAGAGUGGAGGUUGACACGGGAGUCCACGUUGACUGCGGAGACGGAGGCUCCGCACGCAGCGACGGUCUCAGCUGAGCCGAAGCAGGAGCGUGGCGAAAGUGGUAAAGCACAGCCAAGUGACCCAUUCGUAGAGGCAACAGUUGGGGAGGCCGUGGUCCGAAUUCGGAUAUCGGAAGAAGAGUCCAAAACAGUCGCACAAUUGGCUGCCACCUUCGAGCAGUCCAACGUGCCAAAGGGGAAGGCCGAUGCCACUUCUGCGUUGUCCAAGACACCCAUGCAGGAGGAAGGUGACGAGCAGCCGGCUAGAGCUAGAGAAGCUGAAAGAGCAGAUGAGGCGCCCAAGGGCCCGGAGGACAAAGUUCCGAGCUCAGAGGCCCUGCAGGCGGCCGCUGGAAAGCUCAUGGAGAGGGUCAAAGCUGCCAGAGAGAGAAAGAAGCGGCCGGAAGAGGACGGGUGGCCUUGCUUUUGUGCCUGCGAGUACUGGGCACAGCAUGGUGCUCGAUAA